GUUUACUGAUUUUCACUCUAUCCAACUCAAACAUCAAUUAGCAACUCUCGGAAUAUUUCGUCUUAAAAGAGUUAUCUAGUUUAGCUGAUGUUUGUAUCGGUCAAUCUUGUAGAAAGAAGGGGAGUGCGGAGGCAGCCUGAUCGAAACUGUAACCUGAAAGACAGAGCUGAGGCCAUACUCUUGAUACUGUCCAGCAACCAAUGUAAAUCAUUUGCUUAUUGAGCACCGCGCUAGCAGCAGAAGCUACAGUCCUGCAGACAGACGUCGGUUUAAAGCAGCUCUGGGGUGACGUUGUUCUGGUAUUUAAACAAACUACUUACUCUUCUCCACUUCUGUCAAUGGCGAGGGGUCCCGGCUUGUGUUGAGCUGUCAUUCGCAAAACAUCCGGACUACACGCAGAGGGGGCCAAAGGGUCUGACAUCUCUGAAAACAGAUAUCCGGAGUGAGAUGGUGAUGCACAUUGCUGCAACUAGCCCCCGGACAAACUGAGCUAUAGAGGCUAAAUUCUCUUGUGGAUAUUUGGAGUACUAUAAUGGCACUUGGACACUACACAAGAGGGAGCAAUUAUUUAAAUGCAGGUAUUCAGAGCUCGUCAGAUGAGAACCAGUUUACCCCACAGGAAUGACUUCAUGAUCAUCUACUUGCAGAUUUCACAUGCUACCUCCAUUGAAGGCAUAAACUGACCUUUGAUACAAGUUGGUGGGAUCUUCCUGAUUUCCUGCUCCCCAUUCAUACAUACUUUAAGCUCCUCACACCUGGUAUCCUGCUAAAAUGACUUCUUCAGAGUGGGGUGAGAAAUCCUCAGCGGACCUUAUGAGUAGGUAUGUCUCUGAAGAAAUGGGCUAUGGAGUGCCCAAGGAGGGAUGGCGUAUCUGUCUGGCACAUGAGUUCAAGGAGAAGAGGAAGCCCUUCCAAGCGAAAGAUGUCUCGCUGUCCAACGUCUUGGAGCAUGUGGGGCUUGGGAUCAGGUAUCUAACGUGGUGGUACAAGAAGACCCAGGUGGAAAAGAAAGCUCCGUUCAUUGAUAUGUUUCGUGCCCAACCCUUGAGACAAAUAUAUGGUGCUCCACUUGGGGGAAUUGGAGGAGGUACCAUCACGAGAGGUUGGAGGGGGGAGUUCUGCAGAUGGCAACUUAACCCCGGGAUGUACCACUACAAAACUGUCCCAGCAAACCAGUUCACAGUGUGUUUACGCCGUGGAGGGCAAACGGUUUACCAGCAGGUGCUCUCUGUCGAGCGUCCUCCCACUCUGCAGGGCUGGAACUGGGGCUACUGUGGAGAGUACGCCUUCUAUCACGCCUUGUACCCCCGCGCCUGGACUGUUUACCACUUACCGGGACAGAACGUCACCUUAACCUGCCGGCAGAUUUCUCCAGUCAUCCCCCAUGACUACCAGGACUCCAGUCUCCCAGUGGCAGUAUUUGUGUGGGACAUAGAGAAUAAGAACGACUACGCUUUGGAUGUCUCCAUCAUGUUCACCAUGGUCAACGGGUCGGGACACAAGGAUGACAAGUGCGGGGGACACUGGAAUGAACCAUUCCACCUGGAGAAGGAGGGGGAGGCGGUGUCUGGAGUCUUGCUACAUCACUGUCCUGCUGUGAACCCUUACACUCUGUGCAUCGCAGCCCGAGAACAGCCUGACAGGGAGGUCAGUCACCAGACAUCCUUCAGUCCAAAGGGAACCUGCAGCAGCCUGUGGAGCGACCUCAUCACUGACGGACGGCUGGACUCUCCGACAGGAUCCAGCCCACCCACGCCUAAAGGAGAGAAGGUGGCAGCAGCGUUGGCUGUGGGCUGCGCGGUGUCGGCUCAGGGCCAUAACAGCUUGGAGUUCUGCCUGGCCUGGGACAUGCCUAAUAUCAUGUUCGGCUCUAGGGAGAGGAAACACACCAGGAGAUACACUCGUUACUUUGGGACCAAAGGGGAUGCGUCCCCCUCAUUAAGUCACUACGCACUCACACACUACAGACAGUGGGAGAAGAGCAUUGACGAGUGGCAGAGACCCAUUCUCCAGGACAGCUCCCUCCCCUCCUGGUAUAAGUCGGCCCUGUUUAACGAGCUGUACUUUGUGGUGGAUGGAGGGACGGUUUGGACGGAGCUACCGGAGGACGCUGAUGUCAGUGGGGGGGUGCGCAGCGAGGUCGGGGGGCUUCCAGCUCAGCCCGCCAUCGUCAAGGAGUUCGGACGUUUCGCCUACCUAGAAGGUCAGGAGUACAGAAUGUACAACACAUACGACGUGCACUUCUACGCCUCGUUUGCACUUAUCAUGCUGUGGCCCAAACUUGCCUUGAGUUUGCAAUAUGAUAUUGCUGGCAGUGUGGUUCAGCAGGACCCGAUGGAGAGGCUCCAUCUGAUGAGUGGGCGGUACUCUCCUGUCAAAGCCAAAAACGUGGUGCCUCACGACAUAGGAGACCCAGAUGAUGAGCCGUGGCAGAGGGUCAAUGCGUACCUCAUCCAUGACACUGCAGACUGGAAGGACCUGAACCUGAAGUUUGUCCUGCAGGUCUACAGGGACUUUCAUCUCACCCAGGACCAGCAGUACCUGAAGGACAUGUGGCCCGUCUGCCAGGCGGUGAUGGAGUCAGAGAUGAAAUUCGACCUGGAUGGAGACGGCCUUAUAGAGAAUUCUGGAUAUGCAGACCAGACAUAUGACGGCUGGACGGUGACUGGACCAAGUGCGUACUGUGGUGGGCUGUGGUUAGCCUCCCUGUGUGUUAUGUGUAAAAUGGCCAGACUGGUGGACGAUGAGGAGGCAUACAAUCGUUACAGAGACAUCUUGGACCGGGGCAGCGCUGCUUUUGACAAACUGCUGUGGAAUGGCAAGUACUACAACUAUGACAGCAGUGGGAGAGACCUUUCUAAUAGUGUCAUGUCUGACCAGUGUGCUGGCCACUGGUUCCUGAGAGCGUCUGGACUGGGAGACGGAGAAUACCAGGCUUUUCCCAAAGAAAAGAUCCAGAGCGCCCUGAAAUCUGUCUUUGACUUGAAUGUAAUGAGCUUCGCUGGAGGUCAGAUGGGGGCAGUUAACGGCAUGCGCCCCGAGGGAGUGCCUGACCGCUCCAGUGUCCAGUCAGAUGAAGUCUGGAUUGGAGUGGUGUAUGGACUAGCAGCCACUAUGAUACAUGAGGGUAUGCAGGAGGAAGGUAUGCGCACGGCGGAGGGCUGCUACCGAACUGUGUGGGAGCGGCUGGGCAUGGCCUUCCAGACUCCUGAAGCGUACUGCGAGAAGGGAAUCUACCGCUCACUGGCGUACAUGAGGCCUUUGAGCGUGUGGGCCAUGCAGCUGGCCCUCAACACUACACGGAAGGAUCAGACCGCAUCAGCUAAAACAGAAGCUACAGACGGAGAGCAGGGACAGGAUUUCAGUGAAAAUCAGAACUAGGACCUGAUUAUUUACACUGGGGUAACUAAAAAAAGUCGUCUGAGAACAUGAAAACUCUCCUGCAGUCAUCACCCUCAUCUGCACUGCUGCCCUGCUUGGUCACAGACUUUGAAUUUAAUCCUCUACUGUUUUUUUCUUCAAAUGUUUGAGGCUCAAAGUCAGGGCUCUGAUGGUUUACACUUGAAAAACUCAGUAGCUACUGUAGAUCGUGAUAAUGUUAGGUCGGAAUCUUAACAGCUUUUAAGAGACUGCAAACGGUUGCUAAUUUUGUUUUUUUUGUCUUGAUGUGUAGGGUGAUAUUCAGGCCAUGUCGAAAUCAUAGCCAGUGUGUAUUGCUAAUUAAAAUAUGACCUAUCGUUUCUCUAACAUAUUGUCUGUCCCACAUUUACAUUGACUUGCAAGCACUACAUUUCACAGUUUUUCAAUACUAAUGUUGAACACUUGGAAUGAGUAAAUAUGCUCAAUAUUUUUGGGACUCUUUAUUGUUUUUAUACCAGCCUCAUGCAGUCACUAUUGUCUUUGACAGUUGGGUUCACAAGAGUGUGUUAAUCAAGCUAGAUUUGAAAUAUUUGUCAAUAAAAACAAUCAAUUCUAAGAUUUCCUCUAAAAUUUGAAUUCUGUUCUUGGUAACGUAAUAUAUGAGGAGCAGUUGUGGAAAUUAAAUACGAUUUUUUUUUUUUUUUUAAAUAGCAUUUUUUAAAUUGCAUGUUGGCCAUAUCUACAGUAUAUUAAUGUAGCGGCAACAUUCACUAUGUUUUAUAAAAUCCAAUACUCAUGACAAUCAUGCUGAAUAAAUGACUGAAUAACAAACA